AUGUCCGACACCAUCGAAAUCCCCAUUCGCACUGGCACUGCCUUCACCUUGAACAAGGGACAACGCUUGACCGUCAUUGACCCCAAAGGCGUACAAGUCUCUGAUCUGGUUGCCUUCAACCGUCAUGAUCCGGACGAAGUCAUCAGCAACGGCAGAACACUUGACUACGCAAGUCGAAUCUACCUAACUACCGGCGACCCGCUGUAUUCGAAUCGCAGCAAUGUCAUGCUCAAAAUUGUCGCGGACAACUCUCCUGGAAAGCACGAUUUUCUAUUGACGCCAUGCUCUAAAGACACCUUCCGCAUCAUCUAUGGCGACAAGGAACCACACCAAGGAUGCUUCGGCAACAUCGCUGGAGCCAUCGAGCCAUACGGCAUCUCAUCCGAUCGUAUACCUUGCGCGUUCAAUUGUUUCAUGAAUGUCACUGUCGACUCGAAUUCGGGUGAGCUCAAAGUGUUGCCUCCGAUUACAAAGCCGGGUGACAGCAUCGAAUUCGUGGCAGAGAUGGACUUGAUCAUUGCCUUAACCGCUUGUUCCGCCCUGCAGUCGAAUGGCGGCUCGUUCAAGCCGAUCCAAUACAAAAUCAGCGACUGA